AUGCAGCACCAUGGCCCCCAGUUCGUUGGUUAUCCUACGCCGCCGGCCUCUCCGGCGUACGACAGCCACGUCGCUGCCAAGAACCACCAGUACGCUCAGCAGCACGCCAGGCAGUUUGUGAAUCCCGCCACGCCCCGUUGUGUUCCCUCUGCUCCCGCGGACAGGUUAGGACUCCUGCUGGAGGGAAAGCUCCAGCUUACGGACAUCCUGGGUACCGGCGCCUACGGAGUCGUCUACCUGGCCACCGACGUCAACACCGGUAUCCGCUAUGCCGUCAAGUGUCUGAGCAAGUACAACGCCGACGGAACCCCGCUGGAGCGCCGACAGGUCCUGUACCAGCAACGUGAGAUCCGUCUGCACUUCCUCGCCUCGGCCCACCCCAACGUCGUCUCCAUGUACAAGAUUGUCGAUGACGUCGAGUGCACCUACGUUGUCCUGGAGUUCUGCCCCGAGGGAGACCUGUUUCUCAACAUCACCGAGCGCGGUCACUACGUCGGCAACGACGACCUGGCCCGGGAUGCCUUUCUCCAGAUCCUCGACGCUGUCGAGCACUGCCAUAGGCUGGGAAUCUACCACCGGGACCUCAAGCCUGAGAACAUUCUCGUAACCGACAAUGGCGAGACUGUCAAGCUGGCCGACUUUGGACUGGCCACUUCGGAUGACCGUUCGGAGGACUAUGGAUGCGGCUCUACGUUUUACAUGAGCCCCGAGUGCCUCGAUGCUUCUGCCAGGAAGCCCUUUUACAUGUGUGCCCCAAACGAUGUGUGGAGCCUGGGAGUCAUUCUGGUCAACCUCACCUGUGGACGCAAUCCGUGGAAGCAGGCUUCGUUCCAGGACUCGACCUACCGCGCCUUUGCCCGCGCCCCCGGCUUCCUCAAGUCUAUCCUCCCGGUGACGGAUGAGCUGAACCACAUACUGGGCCGCAUCUUUAACUCAUCCCCCGAGAACCGCAUCACCCUCCCUGAGCUCAGGAAUCUCAUAAAGGCCUGCCCUAACCUCACCGUCCCUCCCAAGGCUGUCGUCCCCAUGGUGCCGGCCUCCCUCCCCACCCCCCCCGACUCCCCCGACCACUUCUCCCAAUCGCCAUACGUUGUCCCCUCUUCCUCUUCUGCCUCCGAGUCUGCCAUCAUCGAUGACGAUGACUACCUCUCUCCCGAGUCCGACUCGGAUGAUGAGUCUCUCACCUCGAGUGGUUCUACCAUCUCGGAUAUCGACGACGACUUUAUCCAGGAACAGCAGCAGCAGCAGCAGCGCCAGCGCCAGCGCCAGCAGAACGCCGCUGCCGUCCUUGCCACCGUCGCCCACCACGAUGUCUCGUCGUCGUUCAGCUACAUACCCCCGACGUACGAGGCCGAGAGCGCCAUACACAUGGACGCUGUCUUCCCCGGUCAAGAGUUUAUUCCUCAGCAGCAGCAGCAUCAGUACACCGGUCCUGUCGCCGCCCCUGCGUCGCAUCUGGUGCAGCAGCAGCCCGUUCCGGUGCAGUGCCCUCCGGCCUCCCAACCCCAGCAGCAGCAGCAGACGUGUCAAUCCAAGUGGCCGUUCAUGGACUUUAUGCGCUACGUUCAGCAGGUUCCCAUGCGUCAGCCUCACCUGGCUGCCUUUCCUCAACAAAGUCCUAUGCCGUUGAUGGGAUACUUCUAA